CGUAGUCGAUUUACUCACAAUAUGGAACGACGAUGUGAAAACAGUGGAUCCGAAAGGGACAGACUCACACUUGUGAAUCAAAAUGGGAAACGCUCAACAGUUCUUUGUUGCUAUUUGUUUGAUAAUCACCAUUAUGCUGACAUUCGCCUCCGGGGAUACAGACGAGAUUACUGCGACCCGUCUAGGAAAUUCUAUAGUUGCUUAUGGCGUGGAAAAAUUAGUAAGUCAAAUCAAGUCAAUAUGCAAAACAGGCUUGAUAUUGGACUUCGGCCAACUACCUGAGUUCUGUAUACGUCAUUUGUACCGAACCUAUCGCACAGUGCAGAUCCUCGUGCGUCCACUCAACUCUAACCAAUCCCGAAUCGACGGGUAUGUGUACGCUACGAAUAUUUCCGUCCAUAUUUGCUACUCUGCAUCGAAGUUCUACGUUCCCAUGAAAGGCUGCUUUGACCUAUUGAUACGCCAGGCGUUGUUCGAAGUCGCUGUGCAGGUAGACAAUAGCAGGCACACACGUCUAGUGAAGUUAAACCUUUUUAUGGGACCGCCAAUAAUAGUCAAGGCUAGUGGCUUACCCGGACGAUGGAUCCUCCGUAGUCUAAUAGAUGCAAAGUAUGAAUCUAUAUUGGAGCAAACUAAAAGGAACUUACAGGACAUCAUACUGAAGGAACUGUUUAAAUUGAAAACUAUAAACUUUAGCUUCACAUGAUCUUCAAGUGAAUUUAAUCGAACCUUCAUGCGGCGGAUCAGACCGUUAUAGACGUGCACGCACUGUCGAGUCCUUUUGAAUAUUUGCUGUGAGACUAUAUAUAUAUGUUUCACAGUCUCAUAUAUACAUAUAUUAUAUAUGUAUAUGUGAGACCAUA